AUGGAUAAUUUUCUAACUGUUUAUGAACCUAUUACAACUCAUUUUACUCGUUUAGAUGGACAACCGUCUGCGAUUCAGACAUAUGCCCUUCAUUUGUCAAGCACCAGUGACUUUUCAGCUGCAAUCCUCAUCUACCUACCACCUGCCACUCUAGCAGCCCUUGACUCUAUUGUACGCAGUCAAUCUACUGCCAGCAGCACUGGCACUUCACCGCUUUCCCUAAUUACCGCCCGCUCUCGACAUCCCGACCUAUUAGAGAUCGAGACAUUUGGCAGACUUCUUACUGGUGUCGACGACCUGAUCGAACUUCUUGCAACAUAUAAGAACCUAAAUGAAUUAAAUGAGGGCAAAACUCGCAAAGAUAAAGAUCAUAUCACCGGGCUAGGAAGUAGAUUGUGCUAUAUCCUGCGACAACUCGAGAAUGUAGCUGCUGGUCAAGUGCAAAUAGAGGAUGAAAUGGAAUUGGCACCAGAAUCAAACUCGGAGCCUUUAAUAAAGCAUGUUGACGGACAUAAAGCUGUUUGGCGGCACUUGGUCGCUUUUGAUCUUUGGGGUAUUCCAUUAUCUGAAGCAGGUAUAGCAUAUUUGUUCUGUAAAAUGUUUGUGUAUUGCAAACCUUUUCGUUGUUUGUAUCCUCAUUACGCAACAUUUACAUCGAAUAUUCGCUCCCCUUUUUUUCUUCCUCUGCGCUCAAUAAUUUACCCUCUUUUAGAUGUACAUUUAAUUAGCCAAUUUUGGGUUUGA